AGUCGGCCGGGUGUGGCUCCCCUCAGAAGCUAUCGGCUGAGCUCCACAGAGCUCCACACCAGCUCAGCCCCAGCCGGACCGUCAGAGGGAACGAGGACACCUCUGAGCCCGCGAGCACGAUUGGUGCCUCUCAGGAAGAUGCGGGCGCUCGUGCUGCUGCUCGCCGUGGCAGGCACCUGCCUGGUGGAAGCUGCAGCCAGUUCCAACGCUGCCCCACUGGACCCCCCCGGCGUGCUGCUCACCCACCGGCGCCAGAAGAGAGACUGGAUUUGGAACCAGAUGCACAUCGAUGAAGAGAAAAACACCUCGCUACCCCAUUAUGUGGGCAAGAUCAAAUCGAGUGUGAACAGCAAGAACGCAAAGUACGUGCUCAAAGGAGAAUCUGUGGGCAAGGUGUUCCAGGUCAGUGAGGACACAGGGGACGUGUAUGCCUUUGAGAGGCUGGACAGGGAGAAGAUCUCUGAGUACCACCUCACAGCCCUAGUGGUAGACAAGGACACCAAGAAGAACCUAGAGUCUCCUUCCAGCUUCACCAUCAAAGUUCAUGACGUGAAUGACAACUGGCCUGUGUUCACGCACCGGCUGUUCAAUGCAUCUGUGCCAGAGAUGUCAGCUGUGGGGACCUCAGUCCUCCGCGUGACAGCAGUUGAUGCAGAUGAUCCCACUGUGGCAGACCACGCCUCUGUCAUGUACCAGCUCCUGAAGGGAGAAGAAUAUUUUGCUAUUGAUAAUUCCGGCCUCAUUUUCACGACAACCAAAAACUUGGACCGAGAGACGCAAGCCAAGUAUGAGAUCGUGGUGGAAGCACGAGAUGCCCAGGGCCUCCGUGGGGAGUCAGGCACAGCCACAGUACUGGUCAACCUGAAGGACAUCAAUGACAAUUUCCCCACCUUCACCCAGACCAAGUACAUAUUUGCCGUGCCUGAAGACAUCCGUGUGGGCAGCUCCUUGGGCUCUCUGUUCGUUGAGGAUUCAGAUGAGCCCCAGAAUCGGAUGACCAAGUACAGCAUCGUGCAGGGUGAAUACAGGGACACCUUCACCAUCGAGACGGACCCCAACCACAAUGAGGGCAUCAUCAAGCCCAUGAAGCCCCUGGACUAUGAAUACAUUAAGCAGUACGUCUUCACCAUCGAGGCCACAGACCCCACCAUCAACCUCCACUACCUGAGCAGUGUCUCCAUCCAAAAAACAGCCCGCGUCAUCAUCAACGUCACAGAUGUGGACGAGCCCCCCAACUUCCACCAGCCCUUCUACCACUUCCAGCUGCGGGAGAACCAGAAAAAACCUCUGAUUGGCUCGGUGACGGCCACAGACCCCGAUGCAGCUCGGCGGAGCAUUGGAUAUUCCAUCCGCAAGACCAGUGACAAGGGUCAGUUCUUCCGAAUAACCAAGCAAGGGAACAUCUACAAUGAGAAAGAACUGGACAGAGAAAUCUACCCUUGGUAUAACCUGACAGUGGAGGCUAAAGAACUGGAUUCUAGUGGGUACCCCACAGGCAAAGAAUCCAUCGUGCAAGUCUACAUCGAAAUUAUGGACGAGAACGACAACCCUCCAGAGUUCGCCCAGCCCUAUGAACCCAGAGUGUGUGAGAACGCUGCCCAGGGCAAGCUGGUCGUGCAAAUCUCGGCAAUAGACAAGGACGUAACACCACGAGAUGUGAAGUUCAGAUUCUCCCUGGGCACUGAGGACAGCAACUUCACCCUCACAGAUAAUCACGAUAACACAGCCAACAUCACCGUCAAGUACGGCCAGUUCGACCGGGAGCGUGCCAAGGUCCACCACCUGCCUGUGCUCAUCUCAGACAAUGGGAGGCCAAGCCUCACAGGCACCAGCACGCUGGUCGUGACCAUUUGCAAGUGCAACGAGCACGGCGAGUUCACCUACUGCGAGGAGAUGGCGGCGCAGGCAGGUGUCAGCAUCCAGGCGCUGGUGGCCAUCUUCCUCUGCAUCCUCACCAUCACAGUGAUCACCCUGCUCAUCUUCCUGCGGCGGCGGCUGCGGAAGCAGGCCCGCGCCCACGGCAAGAGCGUGCCCGAGAUCCACGAGCAGCUGGUCACCUACGACGAGGAGGGCGGCGGCGAGAUGGACACCACCAGCUACGACGUGUCGGUGCUGCACUCGGCGCGGCGCGGCGCCCCGCCCCCGCGGCCGGCCCUGUACGCGCAGGUGCAGAAGCCGCGCCCGGCGCCCGCGGUGCACGCCGGGCCGGGGGAGAUGGCCGCCAUGAUCGAGGCGAAGAAGGACGAGGCGGACCGCGACGGCGGCGGCCCGCCCUACGACACGCUGCACAUCUACGGCUACGAGGGCGCCGAGUCGGUGGCCGAGUCGCUCAGCUCGCUGGGCUCCGGGGCCUCCGACGCGGACGUCGACUACGACUUCCUCAGCGACUGGGGCCCGCGCUUCAGGAUGCUGGCCGAGCUGUACCGCGCGGAGCCCCCGCAGGAGCUGCCCUACUAGGGCGGCGGCGCGC